AUGAUGAACACUUUAUUGAGCGAUAAUCAUGGAGGUGAUAUUAACAACAACAAUAACAAUAUAAUCAAUAAUAACAAUAAUAAUAAUAAUAAUAAUAAUAUUGGUAUAGAUAUGCAUCCACCUGUAUUCAACAGUAAUGAUGCAUUGUCAGAACAAGGACUACAUCAACUGGACUGCAGUUGGACAAUAUGGGUGAUUGAUCCUACUACCCAAUCACCAAUGAAGCCACUCACCUCAUCAACAUCAUCUUCACACGACGACUAUCUAUCAUCAAUGGAUAAGAUUGGUACCUUUGACACUGUCGAGGAAUUCUGGACAUGCUUCCGCAAACUAAAGCCACCCUCAAAGAUGCCUAUUGGUGCAACUUAUCAUCUGUUCAAGACUGGUAUCGUACCAAUAUGGGAGGAUGAACAUAACAAGGAGGGCGGUAAAUGGGUGAUGCAGUUCCAAGGUUACAAUAGGAGUCUUUACAACACCGACUUGAUAUGGGAGAACAUUGUACUGGGUAUUGUUGGUGAGACAAUAGACACCGAAAGAGAUAUAUGUGGAGUCGUGUUGACGAAGCGCGACAAGCUGGAAAGGAUACAGAUAUGGAACCGUGAUGCUCACAACAAAGCUGGUGUGGACUCACUAAGAUCCAACAUCCUUAAUACACUCUAUGGUCUAAAUGUACAAAAGUUGAUGCUGAGGUAUCAAGUCCAUUCAAUGAACAACUCUCAGAAGGGAGUAGACAAUAGCGAAGCAUCA